GGAACAGUCGCACUCCUGCCGGAAGGACGGGAGGGAGGUCGUAACACGACAUCUCGUUCAAGUCCAGCUCCCAAACAUUUUCCAUGUCAAAACCGUGUACGUAAACCAGACAAACUACCAAAAUUGCUAAGGCUUACCCUCAGCUAAAACUUUAAUUUGAGUACUGCAAGUACACAACAGAUUACAAGAAAGGAUUGUUUUGGAAAUAAUUUGUAGUUAUAAGGGUUAAUUCGAUAGGUAAUGGAAAUCCUCGCACCUACUAAAAGAACGCGCAUCGACAUCUCCCACCUUCCUCGCGCCCCGUUGGAUUUGGGCGCCAUUGAUACCACCCCCAAAUCCGAUACCAAUCCGUUGGUCCCAAGAGCAGCAUCGCCGGACAGCCGCUAGCGCGGAGCGAGGCGAUGGCGGCCGCGGCGGCUAAUGGCAGGAACAAGUACGCGGUUCUUGAUCGGAGCGACGAGCCGGAGCUGGACGCGGGGUCGGAGGGGCGGAGGAAGCCGUCCGCGUCCGAGAGCGAGAGGAGGAGGAUUGAGCGGUUCGUGUACACCAGCGCCAUCUUCGCCUCUCUCAACGCAAUCCUCCUCGGCUACGAUGUCGGUGUUAUGAGUGGCGCGAUCAUCUAUAUUCAGAAAGAUCUCCACAUAACCGAGUUUCAGGAAGAAAUCCUAGUAGGUUGUCUGAGCGUGGUCUCACUCUUGGGAAGUCUAUCAGGGGGACGAACAUCUGAUGCAGUUGGCAGGAAAUGGACGAUGGGCCUUGGUGCAAUUAUAUUCCAGACAGGCGCAGCCAUCAUGACGUUUGCUCCAUCAUUCACCGUGCUUAUGAUCGGGAGGCUUCUCGCUGGAGUGGGCAUUGGUUUUGGUGCCAUGGUAUCUGCAGUAUAUAUUGCUGAGAUCUCCCCCGCGGCUGCCCGGGGGACUCUCACAUCCCUUCCUGAGAUAUGCAUCAAUCUUGGGAUCCUCCUCGGCUAUGUUUCCAAUUAUGCUUUCUCAGGACUUUCAGAGCACAUUAGUUGGAGGAUUAUGCUUGGUGUUGGUAUCCUCCCCUCUGUUUUCAUUGGCUUUGCACUUUUCGUCAUCCCAGAGUCCCCUAGGUGGUUGAUGAUGGAGAAGAGAGUUCCGGAAGCCAGGGCAGUGUUGCUGCAGAUAAGUGAGUCUGAAGCUGAAGUUGAAGAACGGUUGGCUGAGAUCGAGGAAGCCGCAGGUCUUAUGAAAUCGAUGAAAUCUGAGGAGAAGGCGGUGUGGAGGGAGCUAUUGAACCCUUCUCCCGCUGUCCGUCGGAUGCUUUAUGCUGGCUGUGGUAUUCAAAUGUUCCAACAGAUUACUGGAAUUGAUGCUACUGUCUAUUACAGCCCAACAAUUUUCAGAGAUGCUGGGAUCAAGUCUGAUCAGGAACUUCUUGCAGCGACGGUCGCCGUGGGUUUCACUAAGACUGUGUUCAUCUUGGUUGCGAUUUUCCUCAUUGAUAAAGUUGGACGCAAGCCACUUCUUUAUGUCAGCACCAUUGGCAUGACUAUCUGCUUAUUUCUCCUGGGUAUCGCACUUACGUUGCAAAAGCAUGCCUUGGGACUUAUGUCUCCACGUGUUGGGAUUGACCUAGCGAUUUUUGCUGUUUGUGGCAAUGUGGCAUUCUUUUCAAUCGGCAUGGGACCAAUAUGUUGGGUCUUGUCUUCAGAGAUAUUUCCUUUGAGAUUACGAGCUCAAGCAUCAGCACUUGGUCAAGUCGGUGGUAGAGUGAGCAGUGGUUUGGUUUCCAUGUCAUUCCUUUCUAUGGCCCGCAUCAUAUCAGUGGCAGGAAUGUUCUUCGUGUUUGCUGCAAUCUCGACUACCUCUGUACUGUUUGUGUACUUCUGCGUGCCAGAAACUAAAGGGAAAACUCUGGAGCAGAUUGAAAUAAUGUUUGAAAGUGGGAAAGAAUGGAGAGGAGGUGAAAUAGAGCUUGAGGAUACACAGCAUUUAAUAAAGGAUGAAGAGAAGUCUGUAUCUCUUGGUUGAUAUUCAUGGCAACAAUAAACUUCGUAUAACUCAUGCUUCAAUGAUAAGCCACCAUUAUCCUGCUCUCGUCACAUGCGAGAUUCUGAAAUUCAGCUUCAGAAAUGAUCAAACUGCCUUGAACCACGACCAGUUUUGAGAACACAGAAGGGCUUUUAGUAGGCUUAGGUGCAACAUAGCUGAUUUUUUAUGUUGGUAGUUUAAAGGUCUCAUUAUACUGUUAUAUCCUAAAUGAUCUACAUGGAAGAAGAUGUUCUGAAGGAUGUGAGUAACGUUGUAUCUGGUGGCAUCUUCCACAAAAAGAAUAUACUUCCAUUUUUCCGAAAGAGUGUUAUCAUGUUGUUUGCUCUUACUUUCGGAUCGUUUCAGGGAACUGUAUGCAUUGUAUGUGAUACUCUAACCCAACUGUUUCAUUAGUCC